GACGGUUGCUACGGAGACGGCGGCCGCGGUUGCUAGGGACCCGGCUCGCGGUGCGUGCUGAGCCCGGCCCAGGCCCCACCGCCCCGCACGGCCGCACACGCCGAUUCCAACAGAGGGAAAAGAUGAAUGAGGUAAGGGAUACCCUAAAAGUCAUAGAAGACAACUACAAGCUCUUCCUGCAGCAGCAGUUCACGUUUGUUGGAGCUCUGCAACACACCCGAGAGAACGCACACGACAUGAUCAGACCCGUGGCGAGCAUCAGCCAGGUACAGUCCUACAUGGACCACCACUGUAACAACUUAACAGACAGGCGUAUCCUCACCAUGUUCCUAAACAUCUGUAACGACCUGAGCAAUCUAUGCCACAAGCUGGAAACUGUACAUCCUGGUAACAGCACAACCAAUGAAAUUUUGGAAAGAUGCAAGCUGCUCCUUAACCACAGCAAUGAUCUGAGCACCAUCCGAGCUAAAUACCCUCACGAUGUUGUGAAUCACCUGAGCUGUGACGAAGCAAAGAAUCACUUUGGAGGUGUGGUGAGCCUCAUUCCCAUUGUCCUAGAUGGAGUGAAGGAGUGGCUGUCCCACACUGAGAAGCUGCCACGGCACAUGCUGUGUAACGUGAGUGAUAGAAAUGCUGUCACUGAGAAGAGGGCACCCCAAGAUGCAGCAUCUAGGGCAGCCGUUUCCCCCAAAACACCUUCUGUCCACCCUGAAGCUCAGACCCCAGUUAGAAACAAAGAUUGCGUACAACUGCAGGGGAAUAAGCAUGUCAGAAAGAAGCACAUGACUGACAGAGAAAAUCACUGUGGGAAAGUUAAAGGCCCAUGGAAACCACCUGGCAGACAUGCCUUUUAAAGGAUUGAAGUUUGUGUAUCUUCCACUUAACCGCCUUUAAUCAGGUGGCUGAUUAAAGAUAGUGAAAUGAACACUGGAAAUC